CAAUGAGAUUGUAAAGUUGUAUUGCUUUUUUCCACAGAAAUGGAUAAAAAAAAUGUAUCAAAACAUUUGAAGCUGCGGCGGCAACCGCCAACCAAAGAAGACGAUGAGACAGCGACAUCGAUCGUCGCAAAGCGUCGUAUCAGCUUUAGUGACAAGAAGUCCGUGAGGGUGUUCGUGAAUACAGAGGAGCCUCACUAUUGGGAAAACUCCUACGAAUUAUCGGAGUGCACCAAUGGCGAAGAUAAUGGUAAUCGCCCCAAUUGUUCGGUGCCCCGCGAGUCGCUAUUUGCCGAGAGCUUCUCUCUCUCCUCGAUUGGACGGGAAAAGCUAAAGGACACGCUGUACAGCCAUCGAAUUACGGACAAGACCAUAGAUCUGAUGCAGAUCACAUCCAAAGUUGCUGACGACUGCUCGUUGGAUUUGUCCUCGUUUAAAAAGGAACAUAUGAAAGGACAUGAUGAUUCCUUAAUGGACAUCACGCCACUGGGAUUCGUCGAUCCAGUUGCUGCUUCUGUCCCCGUUCCAGUAGAAAAGGAUAAUGAUAAUCCUGUACAGAAAUCGUUGUUUAAGGAGGUGGAAAAGUGCCGAAAGGACAGCCAGAGGCAGGGAGAUAUAUCCUUUGACUGUGACAUUAAUGAUUUCAGUGCCAGAGACCGAAUGCCGUCGAAUGGUUCCUUCGAUACAGACUCCAACAAUAGCACCAACAACUAUCUGGGAGACGAGUCUGCUCUCAUUCCAUUCGACAUGAUUUCUGGGAAUAACAUCAGCAAGAAGCUGAACUUUCGUCAGCUGAACGAUGGCCUGGAAGCGGGAAAGACUAAAGUAUUUGCGAACGGCCCCAGGACCCCGACCACCGAUCCCAGGGCCAAGCAAAAAAAGUUCUGGCAUGGACUGGAUGAGGAUCUUGAUCAGGACCAGCAACAUAAGGACAUCAACAUAAGGAGCAUUAAACCGCGUGGCCCUUUAAAUUUCAGUGUGAAUAUGACUAUGUCCCCCUUGGCACAAGCAACGCCAGUGGCAAGGGUAGUGCCAUUGCCGAGGGAAAAGCUGAAGAUACCGGAUGACAAGCGCAAGUAUCGACUCUCGCAGGCGGAUGAGGUGAUGCUAGACGACACGAACUUCCUGGCACAUGCCAAAUUGGCUGAUGAGACCCAAUCCCCGAAUAGUUCCAAGAUCUUCACGAGGAGAGAGACAACAUAUGAGAGCUCGGAGCUCGAUUUGGGACUGCUCAACAGGAGCAGCAGCUGCAGGCAGAACUUCCCUCCAUCCACCAUGCAGGAGGCAGCAUCGAAGCACUCCAAGCCCAGACAGACCAUUUAUCUGCCUGCGAAAAUGGAGCAGGAUGUGUUUCAGGUGGAAGAAGCUGCUACCGCCAUCCCUCCAGGGUGCUCCUUCUCCUCCUCUGCCAGACGUACCUUGAACCUGAACGAGUCCAUGGACCAAGAAGAUAUUGUCGAAGAGAAAGCCAUAGUCACCCAAUCAGAGGUUAACGUCCCGCACAAAGGCGCCAAAUCGAAACAUAGAGAGACUUUGCUCAUGGAGGAAAGCAUGGAAGAGGAUAUUAUAGGUCCCCUCAAGGAGCUGCAUCUCAAGGCAAGUGCUCCUCCGAAGGAAAAGGAGAAAUCUAAGACCCGUCAAACUCUCCACUUGGCGAAACCGUUGGAUGAAGACAAAGCCCUCCCUCGGAAUGCUGCAACCACUGUGGCCAUAAGGAAAGAUAGUAAGCACCUGGCUGAAGCCGUUCAGGAGCAUCUACCAAUGGGAAAUAAUAGAUACAAAGCUAUGCAGACUAUUCUUCACGCGGAGCCAAUAGAGGAAGAUGUCACUGGCCCUGGAGCCACAAGGAAAGAUUAUGAGCACCUGCCCAAAGCAAGAUACAAAGCUAGGCAGACUAUUCUUCAGGCGGAGCCAAUAGAGGAGGAUGUCACUGCCCCUGGAGCCACAAGGAAAGAUUAUAAGCACCUGCCCGAAGCGAUCAAGGAGCAUCUACCAACGGGAAAUCAUAGAUACAAAGCUAGGCAGACUAUUCUUCAGGCGGAGCCAAUAGAGGAGGAUGUCACUGCCCCUGGAGCCACAAGGAAAGAUUAUGAGCACCUGCCCGAAGCAAGAUACAAAGCUAGGCAGACUAUUCUUCAGGCGGAGCCAAUUGAGGAAGAUGUCACUGCCCCUGGGGCCACAAGGAAAGAUUAUGAGCACCUGCCCGAAGCAAGAUUCAAAGCUAGGCAGACUAUUCUUCAGGCGGAGCCAAUAGAGGAGGAUGUCACUGCCCCUGGAGCCACAAGGAAAGAUUAUGAGCACCUGCCCGAAGCGAUUAAGGAGCAUCUUCCAAUGGGAAAUCAUAGAUACAAAGCUAGGCAGACUAUUCUUCAGGCGGAGCCAGUAGAGGAAGAUGUCACUGGCCCUGGGGCCACAAGGAAAGAUUAUGAGCACCUGCCCGAAGCAAGAUUCAAAGCUAGGCAGACUAUUCUUCAGGCGGAGCCAAUAGAGGAAGAUGUCACUGCCCCUGGGGCCACAAGGAAAGAUUAUGAGCACCUGCCCGAAGCAAGAUUCAAAGCUAGGCAGACUAUUCUUCAGGCGGAGCCAAUAGAGGAAGAUGUCACUGCCCCUGGGGCCACAAGGAAAGAUUAUGAGCACCUGCCCGAAGCAAGAUACAAAGCUAGGCAGACUAUUCUUCAGACGGAGCCAAUAGAGGAAGAUGUCACUGCCCCUGGGGCCACAAGGAAAGAUUAUGAGCACCUGCCCGAAGUAAGAUACAAAGCUAGGCAGACUAUUCUUCAGGCGGAGCCAAUAGAGGAAGAUGUCACUGCCCCUGGGGCCACAAGGAAAGAUUAUGAGCACCUGCCCGAAGCAAGAUACAAAGCUAGGCAGACUAUUCUUCAGGCGGAGCCAAUAGAGGAAGAUGUCACUGCCCCUGGGGCCACAAGGAAAGAUUAUGAGCACCUGCCCGAAGUAAGAUACAAAGCUAGGCAGACUAUUCUUCAGGCGGAGCCAAUAGAGGAAGAUGUCACUGCCCCUGGGGCCACAAGGAAAGAUUAUGAGCACCUGCCCGAAGCAAGAUACAAAGCUAGGCAGACUAUUCUUCAGGCGGAGCCAAUAGAGGAGGAUGUCACUGCCCCUGGAGCCUCAAGGAAAGAUUAUGAGCACCUGCCCGAAGCGAUUAAGGAGCAUCUUCCAAUGGGAAAUCAUAGAUACAAAGCUAGGCAGACUAUUCUUCAGGCGGAGCCAGUAGAGGAAGAUGUCACUGGCCCUGGGGCCACAAGGAAAGAUUAUGAGCACCUGCCCGAAGCAAGAUACAAAGCUAGGCAGACUAUUCUUCAGGCGGAGCCAAUAGAGGAAGAUGUCACUGCCCCUGGGGCCACAAGGAAAGAUUAUGAGCACCUGCCCGAAGCAAGAUACAAAGCUAGGCAGACUAUUCUUCAGGCGGAGCCAAUAGAGGAAGAUGUCACUGCCCCUGGGGCCACAAGGAAAGAUUAUGAGCACCUGCCCGAAGCAAGAUACAAAGCUAGGCAGACUAUUCUUCAGGCGGAGCCAAUAGAGGAAGAUGUCACUGCCCCUGGGGCCACAAGGAAAGAUUAUGAGCACCUGCCCGAACCAAGAUACAAAGCUAGGCAGACUAUUCUUCAGGCGGAGCCAAUAGAGGAGGAUGUCACUGCCCCUGGAGCCACAAGGAAAGAUUAUGAGCACCUGCCCGAAGCGAUUAAGGAGCAUCUUCCAAUGGGAAAUCAUAGAUACAAAGCUAGGCAGACUAUUCUUCAGGCGGAGCCAGUAGAGGAAGAUGUCACUGGCCCUGGGGCCACAAGGAAAGAUUAUGAGCACCUGCCCGAAGCAAGAUUCAAAGCUAGGCAGACUAUUCUUCAGGCGGAGCCAAUAGAGGAAGAUGUCACUGCCCCUGGGGCCACAAGGAAAGAUUAUGAGCACCUGCCCGAAGCAAGAUUCAAAGCUAGGCAGACUAUUCUUCAGGCGGAGCCAAUAGAGGAGGAUGUCACUGCCCCUGGAGCCACAAGGAAAGAUUAUGAGCACCUGCCCGAAGCGAUUAAGGAGCAUCUUCCCAUGGGAAAUCAUAGAUACAAAGCUAGGCAGACUAUUCUUCAGGCGGAGCCAGUAGAGGAAGAUGUCACUGGCCCUGGGGCCACAAGGAAAGAUUAUGAGCACCUGCCCGAAGCAAGAUACAAAGCUAGGCAGACUAUUCUUCAGACGGAGCCAAUAGAGGAAGAUGUCACUGCCCCUGGGGCCACAAGGAAAGAUUAUGAGCACCUGCCCGAAGCAAGAUACAAAGCUAGGCAGACUAUUCUUCAGGCGGAGCCAAUAGAGGAAGAUGUCACUGCCCCUGGGGCCACAAGGAAAGAUUAUGAGCACCUGCCCGAAGCAAGAUACAAAGCUAGGCAGACUAUUCUUCAGGCGGAGCCAAUAGAGGAAGAUGUCACUGCCCCUGGGGCCACAAGGAAAGAUUAUGAGCACCUGCCCGAACCAAGAUACAAAGCUAGGCAGACUAUUCUUCAGGCGGAGCCAAUAGAGGAAGAUGUCACUGCCCCUGGGGCCACAAGGAAAGAUUAUGAGCACCUGCCCGAAGCAAGAUACAAAGCUAGGCAGACUAUUCUUCAGACGGAGCCAAUAGAGGAAGAUGUCACUGCCCCUGGGGCCACAAGGAAAGAUUAUGAGCACCUGCCCGAAGUAAGAUACAAAGCUAGGCAGACUAUUCUUCAGGCGGAGCCAAUAGAGGAAGAUGUCACUGCCCCUGGGGCCACAAGGAAAGAUUAUGAGCACCUGCCCGAACCAAGAUACAAAGCUAGGCAGACUAUUCUUCAGGCGGAGCCAAUAGAGGAAGAUGUCACUGCCCCUGGGGCCACAAGGAAAGAUUAUGAGCACCUGCCCGAAGCAAGAUACAAAGCUAGGCAGACUAUUCUUCAGGCGGAGCCAAUAGAGGAAGAUGUCACUGCCCCUGGGUCCACAAGGAAAGAUUAUGAGCACCUGCCCGAAGCAAGAUACAAAGCUAGGCAGACUAUUCUUCAGACGGAGCCAAUAGAGGAAGAUGUCACUGCCCCUGGGGCCACAAGGAAAGAUUAUGAGCACCUGCCCGAAGUAAGAUACAAAGCUAGGCAGACUAUUCUUCAGGCGGAGCCAAUAGAGGAAGAUGUCACUGCCCCUGGGGCCACAAGGAAAGAUUAUGAGCACCUGCCCGAAGCAAGAUACAAAGCUAGGCAGACUAUUCUUCAGACGGAGCCAAUAGAGGAAGAUGUCACUGCCCCUGGGGCCACAAGGAAAGAUUAUGAGCACCUGCCCGAAGCAAGAUACAAAGCUAGGCAGACUAUUCUUCAGGCGGAGCCAAUAGAGGAAGAUGUCACUGCCCCUGGGGCCACAAGGAAAGAUUAUGAGCACCUGCCCGAAGCAAGAUACAAAGCUAGGCAGACUAUUCUUCAGACGGAGCCAAUAGAGGAAGAUGUCACUGCCCCUGGGACCACAAGGAAAGAUUAUGAGCACCUGCCCGAAGUAAGAUACAAAGCUAGGCAGACUAUUCUUCAGGCGGAGCCAAUAGAGGAAGAUGUCACUGCCCCUGGGGCCACAAGGAAAGAUUAUGAGCACCUGCCCGAAGCAAGAUACAAAGCUAGGCAGACAAUUCUUCAGGCGGAGCCAAUAUAUGAGGAUGUCACUGCCCCUGGGGCCACAAGGAAAGAUUAUGAGGACCUGCCCGAAGCAAGAUACAAAGCUAGGCAGACUAUUCUUCAGGCGGAGCCAAUAGAGGAAGAUGUCACUGCCCCUGGGGCCACAAGGAAAGAUUAUGAGCACCUGCCCGAAGUAAGAUACAAAGCUAGGCAGACUAUUCUUCAGGCGGAGCCAAUAGAGGAGGAUGUCACUGGCCCUGGGGCCACAAGGAAAGAUUAUGAGCACCUGCCCGAAGCAAGAUACAAAGCUAGGCAGACUAUUCUUCAGGCGGAGCCAAUAGAGGAAGAUGUCACUGCCCCUGGGGCCACAAGGAAAGAUUAUGAGCACCUGCCCGAAGCAAGAUACAAAGCUAGGCAGACUAUUCUUCAGGCGGAGCCAAUAGAGGAAGAUGUCACUGCCCCUGGGGCCACAAGGAAAGAUUAUGAGCACCUGCCCGAAGUAAGAUACAAAGCUAGGCAGACUAUUCUUCAGGCGGAGCCAAUAGAGGAAGAUGUCACUGCCCCUGGGGCCACAAGGAAAGAUUAUGAGCACCUGCCCGAAGCAAGAUACAAAGCUAGGCAGACUAUUCUUCAGGCGGAGCCAAUAGAGGAAGAUGUCACUGCCCCUGGGGCCACAAGGAAAGAUUAUGAGCACCUGCCCGAAGCAAGAUACAAAGCUAGGCAGACUAUUCUUCAGGCGGAGCCAAUAGAGGAGGAUGUCACUGCCCCUGGAGCCACAAGGAAAGAUUAUGAGCACCUGCCCGAAGCAAGAUACAAAGCUAGGCAGACAAUUCUUCAGGCGGAGCCAAUAUAUGAGGAUGUCACUGCCCCUGGGGCCACAAGGAAAGAUUAUGAGCACCUGCCCGAACCAAGAUACAAAGCUAGGCAGACUAUUCUUCAGGCGGAGCCAAUAGAGGAAGAUGUCACUGCCCCUGGGGCCACAAGGAAAGAUUAUGAGCACCUGCCCGAAGUAAGAUACAAAGCUAGGCAGACUAUUCUUCAGGCGGAGCCAAUAGAGGAAGAUGUCACUGCCCCUGGGGCCACAAGGAAAGAUUAUGAGCACCUGCCCGAAGUAAGAUACAAAGCUAGGCAGACUAUUCUUCAGGCGGAGCCAAUAGAGGAAGAUGUCACUGCCCCUGGGGCCACAAGGAAAGAUUAUGAGCACCUGCCCGAAGCAAGAUACAAAGCUAGGCAGACUAUUCUUCAGGCGGAGCCAAUAGAGGAAGAUGUCACUGCCCCUGGGGCCACAAGGAAAGAUUAUGAGCACCUGCCCGAAGCAAGAUACAAAGCUAGGCAGACUAUUCUUCAGGCGGAGCCAAUAGAGGAGGAUGUCACUGCCCCUGGAGCCACAAGGAAAGAUUAUGAGCACCUGCCCGAAGCAAGAUACAAAGCUAGGCAGACAAUUCUUCAGGCGGAGCCAAUAUAUGAGGAUGUCACUGCCCCUGGGGCCACAAGGAAAGAUUAUGAGCACCUGCCCGAACCAAGAUACAAAGCUAGGCAGACUAUUCUUCAGGCGGAGCCAAUAGAGGAAGAUGUCACUGCCCCUGGGGCCACAAGGAAAGAUUAUGAGCACCUGCCCGAAGUAAGAUACAAAGCUAGGCAGACUAUUCUUCAGGCGGAGCCAAUAGAGGAAGAUGUCACUGCCCCUGGGGCCACAAGGAAAGAUUAUGAGCACCUGCCCGAAGUAAGAUACAAAGCUAGGCAGACUAUUCUUCAGGCGGAGCCAAUAGAGGAAGAUGUCACUGCCCCUGGGGCCACAAGGAAAGAUUAUGAGCACCUGCCCGAAGCAAGAUACAAAGCUAGGCAGACUAUUCUUCAGGCGGAGCCAAUAGAGGAAGAUGUCACUGCCCCUGGGGCCACAAGGAAAGAUUAUGAGCACCUGCCCGAAGCAAGAUACAAAGCUAGGCAGACUAUUCUUCAGGCUGAGCCAAUAGAGGAGGAUGUCACUGCCCCUGGAGCCACAAGGAAAGAUUAUGAGCACCUGCCCGAAGCAAGAUACAAAGCUAGGCAGACAAUUCUUCAGGCGGAGCCAAUAUAUGAGGAUGUCACUGCCCCUGGGGCCACAAGGAAAGAUUAUGAGCACCUGCCCGAACCAAGAUACAAAGCUAGGCAGACUAUUCUUCAGGCGGAGCCAAUAGAGGAAGAUGUCACUGCCCCUGGGGCCACAAGGAAAGAUUAUGAGCACCUGCCCGAAGUAAGAUACAAAGCUAGGCAGACUAUUCUUCAGGCGGAGCCAAUAGAGGAAGAUGUCACUGCCCCUGGGGCCACAAGGAAAGAUUAUGAGCACCUGCCCGAAGUAAGAUACAAAGCUAGGCAGACUAUUCUUCAGGCGGAGCCAAUAGAGGAAGAUGUCACUGCCCCUGGGGCCACAAGGAAAGAUUAUGAGCACCUGCCCGAAGUAAGAUACAAAGCUAGGCAGACUAUUCUUCAGGCGGAGCCAAUAGAGGAGGAUGUCACUGCCCCUGGAGCCACAAGGAAAGAUCAUGAGCACCUGCCCGAACCAAGAUACAAAGCUAGGCAGACUAUUCUUCAGGCGAAGCCAAUAGAGGAGGAUGUCACUGCCCCUGGAGCCACAAGGAAAGAUUAUGAGCACCUGCCCGAACCAAGAUACAAAGCUAGGCAGACUAUUCUUCAGGCGGAGCCAAUAUAUGAGGAUGUCACUGCCCCUGGAGCCACAAGGAAAGAUUAUGAGCACCUGCCCGAAGCGAUUAAGGAGCAUCUUCCAAUGGGAAAUCAUAGAUACAAAGCUAGGCAGACUAUUCUUCAGGCGGAGCCAGUAGAGGAAGAUGUCACUGGCCCUGGGGCCACAAGGAAAGAUUAUGAGGACCUGCCCGAAGCAAGAUACAAAGCUAGGCAGACUAUUCUUCAGGCGGAGCCAAUAGAGGAAGAUGUCACUGCCCCUGGGGCCACAAGGAAAGAUUAUGAGCACCUGCCCGAAGCAAGAUUCAAAGCUAGGCAGACUAUUCUUCAGGCGGAGCCAAUAGAGGAAGAUGUCACUGCCCCUGGGGCCACAAGGAAAGAUUAUGAGCACCUGCCCGAAGUAAGAUACAAAGCUGGGCAGACUAUUCUUCAGGCGGAGCCAAUAGAGGAAGAUGUCACUGCCCCUGGGGCCACAAGGAAAGAUUAUGAGCACCUGCCCGAAGUAAGAUACAAAGCUAGGCAGACUAUUCUUCAGGCGGAGCCAAUAGAGGAAGAUGUCACUGCCCCUGGGGCCACAAGGAAAGAUUAUGAGCACCUGCCCGAAGCAAGAUACAAAGCUAGGCAGACUAUUCUUCAGGCGGAGCCAAUAGAGGAAGAUGUCACUGCCCCUGGGGCCACAAGGAAAGAUUAUGAGCACCUGCCCGAAGCAAGAUACAAAGCUAGGCAGACUAUUCUUCAGGCGGAGCCAAUAGAGGAAGAUGUCACUGCCCCUGGGGCCACAAGGAAAGAUUAUGAGCACCUGCCCGAAGCAAGAUACAAAGCUAGGCAGACUAUUCUUCAGGCGGAGCCAAUAGAGGAAGAUGUCACUGCCCCUGGGGCCACAAGGAAAGAUUAUGAGCACCUGCCCGAAGUAAGAUACAAAGCUAGGCAGACUAUUCUUCAGGCGGAGCCAAUAGAGGAAGAUGUCACUGCCCCUGGGGCCACAAGGAAAGAUUAUGAGCACCUGCCCGAAGCAAGAUACAAAGCUAGGCAGACUAUUCUUCAGGCGGAGCCAAUAGAGGAGGAUGUCACUGCCCCUGGAGCCACAAGGAAAGAUUAUGAGCACCUGCCCGAACCAAGAUACAAAGCUAGGCAGACUAUUCUUCAGGCGGAGCCAAUAUAUGAGGAUGUCACUGCCCCUGGAGCCACAAGGAAAGAUUAUGAGCACCUGCCCGAAGCGAUUAAGGAGCAUCUUCCAAUGGGAAAUCAUAGAUACAAAGCUAGGCAGACUAUUCUUCAGGCGGAGCCAGUAGAGGAAGAUGUCACUGGCCCUGGGGCCACAAGGAAAGAUUAUGAGCACCUGCCCGAAGCAAGAUACAAAGCUAGGCAGACUAUUCUUCAGGCGGAGCCAAUAGAGGAAGAUGUCACUGCCCCUGGGGCCACAAGGAAAGAUUAUGAGCACCUGCCCGAAGCAAGAUUCAAAGCUAGGCAGACUAUUCUUCAGGCGGAGCCAAUAGAGGAAGAUGUCACUGCCCCUGGGGCCACAAGGAAAGAUUAUGAGCACCUGCCCGAAGUAAGAUACAAAGCUGGGCAGACUAUUCUUCAGGCGGAGCCAAUAGAGGAAGAUGUCACUGCCCCUGGGGCCACAAGGAAAGAUUAUGAGCACCUGCCCGAAGCAAGAUACAAAGCUAGGCAGACUAUUCUUCAGGCGGAGCCAAUAGAGGAAGAUGUCACUGCCCCUGGGGCCACAAGGAAAGAUUAUGAGCACCUGCCCGAAGCAAGAUACAAAGCUAGGCAGACUAUUCUUCAGGCGGAGCCAAUAGAGGAGGAUGUCACUGCCCCUGGAGCCACAAGGAAAGAUUAUGAGAACCUGCCCGAAGCAAGAUACAAAGCUAGGCAGACUAUUCUUACGGCGGAGCCAAUAUAUGAGGAUGUCACUGCCCCUGGGGCCACAAGGAAAGAUUAUGAGCACCUGCCCGAAGCAAGAUACAAAGCUAGGCAGACUAUUCUUCAGGCGGAGCCAAUAGAGGAAGCUGUCACUGCCCCUGGGGCCACAAGGAAAGAUUAUGAGCACCUGCCCGAAGUAAGAUACAAAGCUAGGCAGACUAUUCUUCAGGCGGAGCCAAUAGAGGAAGAUGUCACUGCCCCUGGGGCCACAAGGAAAGAUUAUGAGCACCUGCCCGAAGUAAGAUACAAAGCUAGGCAGACUAUUCUUCAGGCGGAGCCAAUAGAGGAAGAUGUCACUGCCCCUGGGGCCACAAGGAAAGAUUAUGAGCACCUGCCCGAAGCAAGAUACAAAGCUAGGCAGACUAUUCUUCAGGCGGAGCCAAUAGAGGAAGAUGUCACUGCCCCUGGGGCCACAAGGAAAGAUUAUGAGCACCUGCCCGAAGUAAGAUACAAAGCUAGGCAGACUAUUCUUCAGGCGGAGCCAAUAGAGGAAGAUGUCACUGCCCCUGGGGCCACAAGGAAAGAUUAUGAGCACCUGCCCGAAGCAAGAUACAAAGCUAGGCAGACUAUUCUUCAGGCGGAGCCAAUAGAGGAAGAUGUCACUGCCCCUGGGGCCACAAGGAAAGAUUAUGAGCACCUGCCCGAAGUAAGAUACAAAGCUAGGCAGACUAUUCUUCAGGCGGAGCCAAUAGAGGAAGAUGUCACUGCCCCUGGGGCCACAAGGAAAGAUUAUGAGCACCUGCCCGAAGCAAGAUACAAAGCUCGGCAGACUAUUCUUCAGGCGGAGCCAAUAGAGGAAGAUGUCACUGCCCCUGGGGCCACAAGGAAAGAUUAUGAGCACCUGCCCGAAGUAAGAUACAAAGCUAGGCAGACUAUUCUUCAGGCGGAGCCAAUAGAGGAAGAUGUCACUGCCCCUGGGGCCACAAGGAAAGAUAAUGAGCACCUGCCCGAAGUAAGAUACAAAGCUAGGCAGACUAUUCUUCAGGCGGAGCCAAUAGAGGAAGAUGUCACUGCCCCUGGGGCCACAAGGAAAGAUUAUGAGCACCUGCCCGAAGUAAGAUACAAAGCUAGGCAGACUAUUCUUCAGGCGGAGCCAAUAGAGGAAGAUGUCACUGCCCCUGGGGCCACAAGGAAAGAUUAUGAGCACCUGCCCGAAGUAAGAUACAAAGCUAGGCAGACUAUUCUUCAGGCGGAGCCAAUAGAGGAAGAUGUCACUGCCCCUGGGGCCACAAGGAAAGAUUAUGAGCACCUGCCCGAAGCAAGAUACAAAGCUAGGCAGACUAUUCUUCAGGCGGAGCCAAUAGAGGAGGAUGUCACUGCCCCUGGAGCCACAAGGAAAGAUUAUGAGCACCUGCCCGAAGUAAGAUACAAAGCUCGGCAGACUAUUCUUCAGGCGGAGCCAAUAGAGGAGGAUGUCACUGGCCCUGGGGCCACAAGGAAAGAUUAUGAGCACCUGCCCGAAGCAAGAUACAAAGCUAGGCAGACUAUUCUUCAGGCGGAGCCAAUAGAGGAGGAUGUCACUGCCCCUGGAGCCACAAGGAAAGAUUAUGAGCACCUGCCCGAAGCGAUUAAGGAGCAUCUACCAACGGGAAAUCAUAGAUACAAAGCUAAGGAGACUAGUCUUCAGGCGGAGCCAGUAGAGGAAGAUGUCACCCCAAGGAAAGAUUAUGAGCACUUGCCCGAAAAUAAAGAUUAUAAGCACUUGGCUGAACCCGUUCAGGCGCAUCAUGUGUCGGACAGUAGAUAUCGUUCGUCGAAAUCUAGGCAAGCCCUGCUAAUGGCAGAAGCCAUCGAGGAGAAUCAUUCCACUGCAUACCAUAGUUUCAAACCGAAAAUAUCUCACGAAGCCAGGGAAAAAUCUGUCGCCUUCGAACCCAUCAAUACUCUUCCACUGUCGGAACUCAUUGAAGAAAGUAAGACAGCAACUUGGACGUCUAAAGCCCGCCAAACUCUGCCCUUGGCCGCUCCCAUUGAGGUAGAGGAAGAGGAGCCCCCGACAGAACCACCCCUCGAGGAGUCUACAAAAGUGGCUCCAAGUCGUGGCUCCCGAGCUCAACAGACGUUGGUCAUGUCGGAAUCUAUGGAAGAGCAGGAGGAGGAAGUGGGCUUCCAGAGUCACAUUCAAUCAAUUAGAACUCAUCCGGAGCUCCUUCCAAUCACACCCAUGCUGAGACUAAACGGAUCAGAGUCAGUUUAUUCCAUGGAUGAAUUUGAACUGCUCGAGGAGGAGAGCAAGGAGGCGGCUACGCCUCGCGGUCCGCUUCAGAAGGCGUCGGUAUUGCUGCGGAAAAUACGCUCCAUGGGUGAGUCCAUGAAAAUGAGUUUCGAGGAAGAUACCUUAGGAUGUGGCACUCCUAUACGGCACAGUGGAAAUGCCAAGCGAUUAUCGGCCCACCUCACGCCUAUUAUGCCAGAGGCCAAGAAGCGUAACACCCAUCUCUUUGCGGACAGUAAAACGGAGCAGGAGAUGGAGAUGGAGAUGGAGAUGAGUGUUUCCAUUAAAGAAGUGACGACAGCGGUGGACAAGAACUGCGACUAUAUUUUGCGGCCCCGACGCACCGUAUUGGAGCAGAGACCCAUCACUAUUUCGGAUGUGUCCGCCUACUUCCAAGCUCAGCCGUGCAAGGUGAAGAAGCCGGCUGAGAGUAAGACAGAGAAGAAGGACGAGGAGAAGCGCGACACUUGCCCCAGGGAUAGUGAAAGCUCCACAGAUCGUUCGUUCAAGAGCUACGAACCCACAAACAAGAGUUUCAUCAAUCUAUCCGGUGACACGAUCUCUUCGGCUGCCCUAAUGGGUACCAUCAAUGUCGAUGAAAUGGAGACUAGUCAUAUAGAUAAAUUUCGGCUGAGUUUGGUCUCCACUCUGGCUGAUGAAUCGGACACGGAUGAGGAAGCACCAGUUGAAGGCGCAGCGGCACUGGCCAAACAGCCUCAGCCAGAGCCAGAGCCCUGCCAGGAGCAGCAAGCGAGCUCUCGAGUGGUGGCUGCUGGGUCCAGCGCAUCCUGCAGGAAGUGCAUGAACUGCAGGAGAUCCCUGAAUGAGACAAGGCUUAGCAACGACUCUUUUGUCCUGCCCUCCCAGCCCCAGUGGGAUCUGACGCGGGAAAUAGAAAAGCUGCGACGCGUGAGAGCGAAGCCCAACCUGGAUGAUGUGCACAAGUAUUGGCAAAUGAAGGAGCAGGAGAGGCAGACGAUCGCCCUGGAGAAAGAGCUGGACAGCUCGAGCGAUGCGUCCGAUGAGGAGAAGUUUAGCGAGUGGGACGUGAACGAGGUAAUGGCGGAGUACAACAGGAAAAUGGAAAGAUUCAGGCGCAGCCUGGCCGAUAACCCGGACAUUUUACAGCAGGUUCUCGUUCGAUUUGAACCAGUGGAAACGUUCUUUGAUCGCUUGGCUGGCCUGUUGACCGAGCAGCAACCCAACUGGAUAUUUGACUAUCAGCUAAAGAUCUCGCGCAAAUUGAUCUUCACCCAUCGACUGCUUACCACAUUUCGCCUGAUUGUUGACUAUGAGACAGUGGACGACUUGGAGACUGCUAUAAGGGUAUGCGACCUCAACGUGGAGCAGGCCACAGUUAUUCUGCCACUGCAGAGCUGGACGGCGUUUGAGCACCUGCUCGACUUUCAGCUGCAGCUCAAGCUGCCAGUAAAUCUCACCGACUCGAUCGAGGGCAGCAGCGUGGAGGCCUUCGCACAGUUUCUGCAACGCAUAAAUGCCAUUUGUGUGGACAUACUAGGCACAUUCCACAAGCUAUUGACUGUGCUCACAGCAACAAGGACGAGUCUUCUCAGGCAAGCCAAUCGAAUCGUUGUCAAAAAGACUGUGCGCCGGCACAUUGAGGUGGAUACACGCACGCGCUUGGAGAAGACAGAUUUCGUGAUUGAAAUCGCCAAUGUUGAGGCAAUUUCGUUCAGGGAUAUUCUGCAGCCAAAGCUACAUUUCUUUAACGAAAAUAUUCAGUUUCUGCCAACGGGAGUGGCCUUUUUGGAAGCAUUUCUAGAUCAUCCUGAACAGUAUCUCAAAACUUAAUAAACCUUGAAGGUA